AUGGAUUCUGAGGCGAUGGGAGCCACCAGUUCCAUAGAUAUCACAGAGGAAUUGGAAAAUAGGCUAAGAGGUAUUGAGCUGUCAGAAUCAGAAAACACAGUGAUUGAACUCAAAGAUGAUGAUAUUAAUGCAAUAAUAGAAGAUAGAAAAGCAAAUCUCCUGGGGGUGAAGAGGAAUGUGAAGAGGCCUAGGUGGCACCACUUGGGAUCUUCUGAACUCAAACUUUGGGUGCAGAACUUGUCUUGUAGUAGCAGAAAUAAUACCAGCCAGGGGACAUAUACUAACACAGGAGCUACUGAGAAAACAUUUUUGAACCAAUAA